AUGACAACCUUCCACAACCCACAACCAAGUCCACUAACCAGCGUCCAGCUUAGUGCGCCACAACCUUCCACACCCACAUCAACCCAAGUCCAGCGGCGCCCUUUAGUGCUGGAUGACAACCUUCCACAACCACAUCCACACCCACAAGACCCCAACCAGCAGACAACCUUCUACAACCACACACAACCACAUCACACCCACAAGACCCCAACCAGCAGCCCUCUGGAUGACAACCUUUCACAACCACAAGACCAGGUCCCAACCAGCAGCCCUCUUCUGACAACCUUCCACAACCACACCCACAAGACCCCAACCAGCAGCCCUCUGGAUGACAACCACCUCACACCCACAAGUCCCCUAACCACGCAGCCCUCUUCUGGACAACCACCCACACCCACAAGACCCCAACCAGCAGCCCUCUUCUACAACCACCCACACCCACAAGACCCCAACCAGCAGCCCUCUUCUACAACCAUUCACAACCACAUCACACCCACAAGACCCCAACCAGCAGCCCUCUUCUACAACCAUUCACAACCACACACAACCACAAGACCCCAACCAGCAGCCCUCUUCUACAAUCACACACACCCACAAGACCCAAACCAGCAGCCCUCUUCUACAACCAUUCACAAUCACAUCACACCCACAAGACCCCAACCAGCAGCCCUCUUCUACAACCACACACAACCACAAGACCCCAACCAGCAGCCCUCUUCUACAACCAUUCACAACCACAUCACACCCACAAGACCCCAACCAGCAGCCCUCUUCUACAACCAUUCACAAUCACAUCACACCCACAAGACCCCAACCAGCAUCCCUCUUCUACAACCAUUCACAACCACAAGACCCCAACCAGCAGCCCUCUUCUACAACCACCCACAACCACAAGACCCCAACCAGCAGCCCUCUUCUACAACCAUUCACAACCACAAGACCCCAACCAGCAGCCCUCUUCUACAACCACCCACAACCACAAGACCCCAACCAGCAGCCCUCUUCUACAACCACCCACACCCACAAGACCCCAAACAGCAGCCCACCUCUACAACCACCCACAACCACACCACAACCCCAGCCCAACCCCAGCUCACUCCACUGACGAGACACAUGUUAUUGUUGAGCAUAAGGGUACUGUUCGACCACCACAGUUCGACUGCUGCUAUCGUCGAUUCUUUUGAUGUGGCAGGAGUAAUGAAGAACAUCUCUCAACUCUGA